AUCGCAGUCUCGUCUCGUCUCGCAGUCAAGCAAAAGUAGGUAGUGCUACAGAAUGGGCAUGGUUAAAUGUUUGUGAUUUCUUUUCAUACAUAUACAAAUUUAAUAAAGUAAUUUAAGUGUGAUAACGUAAUUUUGUGUUCAAUCAAUAUGAGCUUAUGGUAGAGACCCACUUAUUCGUUCAUAUACAGUUAUUCGCGUAACACGUAUUUUGUGCAUAGAGUUCAAGCAUUGAAUUAGGCCACAUAGCGAUCUCUCCCUAAAUUACCGCUGUUCAGCCUGUCGACGUAUCAAGACAGACUAUCAAACGCUCGAGGAGGGAGAGUGAUGAUCAGAAAGGCCGCGACCUGGUAAUGUGAUGUCAUCAAAAGGGGAAACAGAGGCCGAUUCAGGCACGGUAUCGCCGAACUUAACAACAGUUAAAAAUGAACCGGUAGCAACCGCCAGUAAAGAUACUCCAAGGAGGGGAAAUAGUACAUUAUUGAAAUGUACAACCUGCAACAGUUUCAGUACCCUAAGCAGUAGAGCGUUGACUACACAUAUGGCCCAGUGUUCUCCGGACAACAACAAUGUGGCAGCAGCACAAAAUACGGAUGCGCGACCGCACCGAAAACUUUUUGAAUGUGAUGUGUGCAAUAUGAAGUUUUCAAAUGGCGCCAACAUGCGCAGGCAUAAAAUGCGACACACAGGUGUUAAACCAUACGAGUGUCGCGUUUGCCAAAAAAGAUUCUUCAGGAAAGAUCAUUUAGCUGAACACUUUACAACUCACACAAAAAGCUUGCCAUAUCAUUGCCCAAUUUGUAAUCGAGGUUUCCAACGACAAAUUGCUAUGCGUGCACAUUUUCAAAAUGAACAUGUAGGUCAGCAUGACCUUGUUAAGACUUGCCCACUCUGUAGCUACCGUGCUCCUACUAUGAAGAGCUUGAGAGUUCAUUUCUUUAACAGGCAUGGCAUUGAUUUAGAUAAUCCUGGUCCUGGGAAUAAUUCAGUGUCACUUUUGGCUGCUGGUAUUGCAAAUGCAGCUUAUGCUGAUGGUACGAUGGACCCCAGUACAAUAAACGCCUUAGGGUCACUGGGUUCCGGUCUUUCUGUUUCCGUUGCUGCUGCUUAUUCGGACAGUGGUGACAGUAAUGGAGAACGGUCCGUAGAUAAUGCUACACCUCCUAUGCACUAUUUGACACCACAUGUAGAAAUAUCAAUGCCUGAUAACAACGAAACAUAUUCACCCGGCCAGUCCAACCAUUUAGGUAAUUCAGAGUCGCGAAUGAAUGGGGAAGGCCCAAGUUCACCGCAGUCUGGUGACAGCGCCGUGGCCAGCAGCUCCUUAUCAGCUGGUCUUCCCACCAACAUUACACCAUCAAUUACUCUCAUACCCAUAAAACAGGAACCAAACACACAGGAAGAGGGAGGCAGUGGUGAACGUGAUGGUGAAGCGAACAGUGUGGACAAGCGCGGCGUCUCCUCCAGUCUGUCGUCUUUGAUCAAAGUCUCACCGCUCAAAAGCCUAUUGCGGGAAGAUUUGCGUAGACGCAUAUCGGCGCGAGGCAGAUCUCGGGGGAAUAAUGCAUCCCGAGCCUCACCAUCAGAAGGCGGUAUGAUAACAUCUACGCACGGUGACGCGGCCAUGCUGCCUUCUUCUCUCGUAUGUACAUUCUGCUCCAUUACGUUCCCAGAUUCCACAUUAUACUUCCUGCAUAAGGGAUGCCAUUGCGACUCAAAUCCAUGGAAAUGUAACAUCUGCGGGGAACAGUGUUGCAAUGUCUAUGAAUUCAACUCCCACUUGCUGAGCAAAAGUCAUCAAUGACUGUUUGCAGGGGGGCCGUUCGAUUUCAAUUGACUUAAUGCACAUUUUGCAUAAUUUUUGUGCAUAUUACGUAAACACUUCGAAGUCACUUCACCUUCCAUCUUUUGAUUCUAACGCAUUUAAUGCACUCCAUGAUUAUUCCAAUCGUUUUUUUUUUUCUUUUUAAAAUGUGGAUUUUAUCAGCACGCCAAGGUGAAAGUCUUCGAAUUUGUCUUACGCUGAACGUCCCCCCGAAGCUGUUAUUAAAAAAAAGUGCAAAUUACUUUGAAAGUUAUUUAGUUGUUAUAAUAGUUAAUGAUUGGUUAUUUGUAUGGAUAAUUUAAUAUUUAAAGGGUAUGAGAUAGUUGGAAUUUUAGGUACAAUUUGAAAUUCACUUAGAUAGAAAGAAAAAAAAAUUGUUAACUGAAGAGAUUUUACAUUCCAUUGUAACAUGAUGCAUUCCAUGUUAUUUGAGAUUUUUCAACCAAUACCAGAGUCUUUGGUGGGGAAAUUAAGUGAUACUUUGAAUUUUUUU